AUGGAGCAAUCUUCCACCGUUCCCCCUGUCGCUGUACCUGCGUCAAAACAGCCUCCUCCCGAGAAGCCCGAAGCCGUGAGCCUGCGGACAAAGAUUGUACUAUCCUUCUGGGCUGUGAUUAUACUGCUGGGUCUUCCGGUAUGGUGGCAGACCACAUCAAUAUACCGGGCGAGUCUGCCGGUGCAGGACAUGCUCAACUGGGCAGAGGGACUUAAUACACCCACAGCGAUUCCAUUGCAUCUCUGGCUGUCGGCCCCGGACCUCUCUUGCUCAGACGCGCAGAAGAUAGUGCAAGAUACCCAACAAGCUUUGGAUGAUCUGAACGAGUACCCGACUCUCCAUCAACGGCUCCACCUGGUCAAGUUGGGGGCAGAUGUCGCAGGCGCUGGCCAAAAGAGACAAGCAACGGAUGCGACUUGCGGCGAGGAUCCUGCUACCCUCAACCACGGAGCGCCUGUCUUGAAAGUUCUCCUUGGACCUACGCCGGAUGGCUUUGCGUUCACGCUGGACGCAGUCACAGCGACCGCCCAGGCCAGCAUACCUCCUAGUACUAGUGUCAAUAUCGCCAAAGCCCUCGCGGAAACCCUCCAUGAACUGUUCAGAGAAGAACAAAUUGCUGCUGCACUUCAAAUUGUCUCUCUCACCAGCCACAGCCACAAUGCACAGGCGUUUCUGAGGUCUCAACCCUACGACAUCGUCGCCAAGGUAGAAAAGCAAAUCAACCGGGCAUACAAGUCGUCUCCCGAAUUCCAUCUCACCUUCUCUCUCCUCACAGCCAGCGGAGCUCCUUCAAGUUGGGAUGUUCACGACGCUCUCCGAGAUCACAUCGAACCUCUUGUACAAGCACUCUCACCCAUUGCCGAUUUCGACAUCACGACCCAGGUGCAAUUAUACUCGACUCUCCCUCCUGCCAUACAACCUAUUCAUCGAGAAGGACAAAACGGCUCUUUUCUCCAGCAGAAAGAUUUGACGGCUUUUGUGAAUUCCGCAGAGUGGCCCUUGGCGCCAUCGAUCGGAGAUGGACCUACCCUCAAUUUCAUCCUCUAUGUUCCAUCCACGGAUCAGAUACCUCUGAGGAUUGAAGGAGUCGAUGAAAAUUCAUGGCUGAUUCCUCAAUGGGGCGGAAUACAUAUCCUCAAUCCACCUAUGCACCUAAACCCUGUCCACGGAAACAUGAUGCUGCCUGCUCAUCUCGAUCACCAGCUAUUGCGCCUCCCCUUUGAGACAUUUGCUUCGCAAUUCCUGUCACUGCUGGGUGUCUUGAAUCCGGGUGAUUCUGCCAAAUCCCGACCAUUGCAACUGCGACUCGACGCUUACAAACGUCUGUCAGCUCUUACCCUCUACCUCCAUGCUGCAUCGAGUCUGGGAUCGCUAGCUCGAUUGGCUCAGCGUCUCAGCAGUAUUCCGAUCCCGAAACACGUCGCGCAAUUAGUUGAUGACUCGAUAGCGAAUCUCAAAGCGUUUUGCCACUCGUCGCUCGAGGGUAGAUUCGAUUUGACGCCCAAUCAUGCUAAAGAGGCUUUCAAAGACAGCGAAAAGGCCUUUUUCGACAAAUCAAUGGUUGGCCAGGUCUAUUUUCCCGACGAGCACAAGAUUGCCGUCCUGCUUCCACUUUUGGGUCCUGUUGGAGUGCCGCUGAUCGUUGGCCUCUUGAGAGAAGCUAAGCAAAUGGUAUCAAAGAGGCAAACACCAAAAAUGUAG